AUGUGGCCACGACUGAGAAAAUCAUGUCGCGCGUGGUCAAUCAUUCUUUUGAUUGUUUUGUUGAUGGGACUAUUUUUUAUUUGGUCAUGGAAAAGACGAGAGGAUGAUGAUCCUCGUAACGAUUACGUUUCACUUCGACUUUUAGAUAAUCAAAGAGAUUACAUAGAUCGCAAAGGAAUACACGUAGUUGUAGGACAUUAUAUCGGAGAUUCUGUGAAUCCAAUGAAAACUCCAAACAUUACGAAAGAUCUCAUUAACAAAAAUAUGUUUGAUCCACGGCCAUUCGAGGGAAAAAAUGGCAGUCCGGUUCUCGUACCGGCAAAAGACUUUUACAAAAUGCAACAGCUUUUUCAAAUAAAUCGAUUUAAUUUGAUGGCUAGUGAUAGAAUACCGUUAAAUCGAUCUUUACCAGAUGUUCGAAGAAAAGGAUGCAUCGCACGAUAUAGGAACUUGGAUAACUUACCGAAAACGUCGAUAAUCAUCGUUUUUCAUAAUGAAGCUUGGAGUACAUUACUUCGGACUGUACAUAGUGUAAUUAAUAGAUCUCCGAGCCAUUUGUUGGAUGAAAUUAUUCUCGUUGAUGAUAACAGUGACAGAGAUUUUUUGAAAGAUGCGUUGGAUGAACACGUAAAGAAUUUAGAAGUUUCCACUAAAGUUCUGCGUUCCCAUAAACGUGUUGGUCUAGUGAAUGCGAGACUCUUAGGUGCUAGUAAAGCCAAAGGAGAAGUUCUUACAUUCCUUGACGCACAUUGUGAAUGCACGGUUGGGUGGUUAGAACCCUUACUUGAAGCGGUUGCCAAGAACAAAACUAGAGUAGUAUCACCCGUUAUUGAUAUAAUAAAUGACGAUACUUUUAGUUACACUCGAUCGUUUGAGCUGCAUUGGGGAGCAUUUAAUUGGGAUUUACAUUUCCGUUGGUUAACGCUAAACGGUCGAUUGUUGAAAGAGAGACGCGAAAACAUUGUCGAACCAUUCAGAACACCUGCCAUGGCUGGAGGAUUAUUUUCCAUGAAUCGAAAUUAUUUCUUUGAGUUAGGUAGUUACGAUGAUCGAAUGAAAAUUUGGGGCGGUGAAAAUUUGGAAUUAUCAUUUCGAGUGUGGCAAUGUGGCGGUAGCGUUGAGAUUGCCCCAUGCUCUCAUGUAGGGCAUCUCUUUCGGAAAUCGUCACCUUAUACAUUCCCAGGUGGUGUCGGAGAGAUUUUGUACGGGAAUCUUGCUAGGGUUGCUUUGGUUUGGAUGGAUGAAUGGGCAGAAUUUUAUUUCAAAUUUAAUGCAGAGGCAGCUAGACUAAGAGACAAGCAACCAGUUCGAUCUAGACUGGAAUUACGUAAAAAAUUGCAAUGCAAAAGCUUCGAUUGGUAUUUGGAUAAUGUAUGGCCGGAACAUUUUUUUCCGAAAGAUGACCGUUUUUUUGGGCGGAUAUUGCAUAUUUCAUCCAAGAAGUGUAUUAUGCGACCAACCGCGAAAGGGACGUAUUCGCAACCUUCAGGAUACGCAAUCCUUGAAUCGUGCGUUCCACGGCCAAUACUUAGUCAAAUGUUUGUAAUGACAACGGAGGGAGUUGUAAUGACCGAUGAGAGCGUUUGCUUAGAUGCACCUGAUAACGAUACCCAGCACAAGACACCAAAGGUUAAAAUAAUAGCGUGCAGCGGUCACAACAGGCAAAAAUGGCAAUACGACGAACAAACAAAAGCUUUCUUACACGUGUCUUCUGGAAUGUGUUUACAAUCAAACGACGGGGAGGGUCCUGUGAUAGCAGCGUGUACAAAUCACAUCGAACAGAAAUGGUCACUGGAAUCAAUUCCUUGGAAAUAA